AUGAGCAAUACCCCAGACGGUGGAAAUGCGGUAGCCGCGCCUACUGAACCCACCGCCUCAGCACCCAGCAACGAAGAAUCAAUCGCGCAAGGCAAGGAAAGGGCCAAAGAGAUCCUCGCCGCGUCCGGUAUCAACGUCACACGGAAGGAUAGUUCGGCCGAUGUCAACGGCCACGAUGACGGCCCCAACGUUAAUCGAAAGCGGAAGCGCGAAACACCAGUAGAUCGUAUCCAAGCGGCCGAAUAUGUCGACCGCGAGUACCACUACAAGGCCCUCUACGCAGAGCAGCUAGCCCACCCAUUGGUAGCUCAGGAGAAAAAGCAAGAGCUCGCGUUGUAUCAGAACCUUCGCCAAAGACGGGAUCUUGACCCUGGCUCCGUCUUUGGUUAUGGCUACGCAGGCUACGGCAAUCCCAGGACAGACGAAAAGAAUAUCCCCAACCCGGUAGUUUACCCGCGCCAAAGAAGACCUGGCAAGAAGAAAACCUUACCACCCCGGGUGUCGCGAAAAGACCUUAGCAUACAAGCGGAACAGAGCGAAGAGCUGGUGCCCAUCCGGCUUGACAUCGAUUGGGGCAAGAUCAAAUUGCGCGACACCUUCACCUGGAAUUUGCACGACAGAACGACAUCCGUCGACUAUUUUGCGGAGAAGCUGGUCGAGGAUUUCGGCCUCGAAAUCCAGAACUGCCGGCCACUGGUUCAACUGGUCGCAAAUCAUAUUCGCGAGCAGCUAGUCGACUAUUGUCCUCAGAUUUAUGCAGAUGACGAGCCAUGGGAGCCAUCCCUUCCAUAUUUUGCCUACAAAAACGACGAAAUGCGCAUAUUGGUCAAGCUCAACAUCACAAUCGGCCAAAACACCCUCAUCGAUCAGUUCGAGUGGGAAAUCAACAAUCCAUUUAACUCUCCCGAGGAGUUUGCACGGCAAAUGACGAGCGAUUUAUCACUGGCAGGAGAGUUCACCACGGCCAUUGCGCAUUCUAUACGUGAACAAUGUCAGCUGUUCUCCAAGUCAUUACAUAUCACGGGGCAUCCGUUCGAUGGCCGGAUGAUUGAGGAUCCGGAUUUGCGGGAAAACCUCUUGCAAUCACCUUUACCGACCACGUUCCGGCCUUACCAAGCCGCCAAGGACUAUACACCGUAUCUGUACGAACUCAAUGAAACAGACCUGGAGCGAACCGAGCUAUCUAUAUCUCGUGAUCAGAGGAGGCAGAAACGUUCGACGAAUCGCCGUGGGGGUCCGGCUCUACCAGAUCUCAAAGACCGCCAACGCACAAUUCGGUCGCUUGUUGUUUCAUCCGUCAUUCCUGGCGCUGCACUGAGCAUGGAGGAGAGUCGAAUAUUCAGAAUUACAAAGGCCAGCCGAAAGUCGGCACGCGGCCAGCGGGACGGGUUCGAAGAUUCCGACGAGUCGGAUAGUGAAGACUCGGCACCUGAUUCUCCAGCCAUCCCGACUCACUUGUUACAACAAGGCACUGCCCGUACUAGAGGGAUCAGGAACGCAGCCCUGACUGCGACUGCGGGUAUCAGAUCAAACUUGAGCGGCUUCGCAUCGGUCAGAUCUGCAACACCGGAAUCAAUUGCACCUUCGCAUCAUGACGGCCGAGCGUCUGCUAGGAAGAGAGACUACAAGGAAGAAAGCGACGAGGAGUCUGCUCCAGACAAAUUGAUUGUGAUAUUCAAAGUGGGGAAAGCCAAGCUUCGAGAGUGGACGCGUUCGCAAAGAGUCAAGGACAGGGCGGCUCAUGUCUCGAAUAUGUCAAAUCACGGCAGUCCACGACCUGGCAGCCACUCACGAUCUGUUUCGGCGGCUCCCUUGAAUCUCGCAGGCAUGCCGCCUCCGCCAUCGCCAGUUCCAGCGACCGUAGACAUUCCAGGGGCCGUGGAUGCAACGCCCAAUCCGAUUAACCCAGCCCCCCCACCACCUGACUGGCUCGUUCGGGAUCUCGAAAGAUUACGGAAAAUAUAUCCGAACGACCGAUUCGAGGCUCUCAUGAAACACACAGCGAUUGACCCGAAGACUCAGAAGCUGGUUGCCCCUAAUGAGACGAACCAAUCGUUUCCACACAAAUACGUCCCACGUAUCAGAUGCUCUGACUGUCUUGGCAAAGUCUACUUACCUGGCGAAGGUCUUAGUGCCACAAAUUUUGAGUCUCACCUCAAGAACCGCAACCACAGAGCGCAUGUGGACGACCGCCUGGCGAAUGAAGCAUGA